AUGUCUUUACAAAAAAGUGUUAAAAGUGCGGGAGGAGAGAGGGACCAGGAUAAUGCAUCUAUAUGUUCUUCUGUGACUACUCAACCCGACAGACAUGGAUUUUUUGGAGGAGCUCAGUAUAGUCCAGAACCAAAGAGGACUGUAUCGCCUAGCACUAUAUUGAAAAGAGAACAAAAAUGGCUACGAAUGUUGAACAAUUGGGAGGCGUUUAUGAGUAAAAAUUAUAAAAAAGUUCGAGAGAGGUGCCGGAAAGGAAUUCCUGCCUCAGUCAGACCCAAAGCCUGGCUUUACUUAUGUGGAGGUCAGUUACUACUUGAGAAACAUCCAGACGAAUAUGAAGAACUUUUAAAGGCACCCGGCGAUCCAAAAUGUAUGGAAGACAUUAGAAAAGACUUGCACAGACAGUUUCCGUACCAUGAAAUGUUUAUAAGAGAAGAGGGUCUUGGUCAACAAGAAUUAUUCUGCGUGUUAAAAGCGUAUUCGGUUCUCAAUCCCAAAGUGGGAUACUUCCAAGCGCAAGCGCCGGUAGCUGCCUUCCUCCUCAUGCACAUGCCCGCGGUGCAGGCCUUCUGGUGCCUCGUCAGCAUCAGCGAUAAAUACCUUAGCGGGUACUAUAACCCUGGUUUGGAGGUGCUACAGAGGGACGGCGACAUCCUGCACGCGCUGCUGCGCCGCACCGCGCCCGCCGUGCACCGCCACCUGGCCAAGCACCGCGUGGAGCCCGUGCUGUACGCCACCGAGUGGUUCCUGUGCGCGCUCACGCGCACGCUGCCCUGGGACAGCCUGCUGCGCGUCUGGGACUGCUUCCUCUGCGAGGGCGUCAAGGUGCUAUUCAAGGCCGCGUUGGUGAUCCUGGCGGGCGCGCUGGGCUCCGCCAAGGUGCGCAAGCGCGCGUGCGGACUGUGCGAGACGCUGGAGGCGCUGCGCCACCCGCCCGAGCACGUGCUGGCCGAGGACUACCUCAUGUACCACAUGCCGCGCCUGAACCUCACCGAGGAGGACUUCGAGUUCGAGCACCAGCGGCAGACCGCUAAGCGACGCGCUAUGGCCAAUAGGAGUGGUAGC